UUAUCUAUUGAUGGAGGGAAGCCCCAAGAUAAUUACCAAUUUGUCCAAGCAAUCCACUCUGAAUUUUGAUUCUCCGCUGUAAUGUAGGAGGCAUGCCUGUGAAAAAUAACAUAGCAGCUUUACGCCAGUCACCCGGGCAGAACGGCACUAGCUUCCAUGGUUGCAUUCGUAAUCUGUACAUCAACAGUGAACUCCAGGACUUCAGAAAUGUGCCACUGCAAGUGGGAAUUCUGCCAGGUUGUGAGCCUUGUCACAAGAAAGUUUGUGUGCAUGGCACAUGCCAUGCUACCAGCCAGUCAGGCUUCUCCUGUGAGUGUGAAGGAGGAUGGACCGGACCGCUCUGCGAUCAACAAACUAACGACCCAUGUCUUGGAAAUAAAUGUGUGCAUGGUACCUGCUUGCCGAUCAAUGCAUUUUCAUACAGUUGUAAAUGCCUGCAGGGACAUGGGGGAGUCCUCUGUGAUGAAGAGGAAAUGCUGCUUAGCCCCUGCCAAUCCAUCAGGUGUAAACAUGGCAAAUGUAGGCUUUCAGGACUUGGGAAACCAUAUUGCGAAUGCGGCAGCGGAUACACGGGGGACAGUUGUGAUAAAGAAAUCUCUUGUCGAGGGGAACGAGUCCGAGAUUACUACCAAAAGCAGCAAGGGUAUGCUGCGUGCCAGACGACCAAGAAGGUUUCGAGACUAGAUUGUAAAGGCGGGUGCUCGGCCGGGCAGUGCUGCGGGCCACUGCGCAGCAAGAGGCGGAAAUACGCCUUCGAGUGCACGGACGGCUCGUCGUUCGUGGACGAGGUCGAAAAAGUGGUGAAGUGUGGCUGUACAAAUUGUCCCUCCUAAGUGUCCCUGUCACACUUGUCUUUUGAAAAUGUUGUAUACUUAUUGACCGUGUCGGACUAAUUAAUGCUUCAUAGUGGAAAUAUUUGAAAUAUAUUGUAAAAUACAGAACAGACUUAUUUUUUAUGAGAAUAAAGACUUUUUCUUCAUUGAAAAAAAAAAAAAGAUUCAAGUGCUUGAACUGAGACUUCUCAUAUCCAAGAGGAGCUUUGAAGAAAAAAAAAAAGACCUGGUAACAUUGCAGCAGAGAUGGGAAACUUUAACUGCUUUUAACAUGGAUUCUUCUUUAUAACAUGCUGAAGAUACACUGACACUAUACACAUGUGACUUUCAACUU